GCGCGUAACUUUUCUAUGACGCGCAAUUUUGAUCCUACUAUCCGUGAAUUCGUGUCUUGUCUCGCGCAGAAACAGCCGAGCUUCAAGGUAGCGUCGAAAGACGUGCGUGUGCUGUCACAGCCUUCUGACUUUUACGCAAAUCUGCUUAACAUCAUCCGUCGUGCACGGCGGCGGAUUUUUCUAUCGUCAUUAUACAUUGGUUUCUCGGAGACAGAGCUGAUAAACGCUCUAGACGAUGCACUUCGGACGAAUCCUGGUCUGCACCUCUACUUAAACUUGGACUAUAACCGGUCAACUCGACCUGGACCAUCGUCUCCCAUUCUCUCCCUUCUUCCCCUCCUACGGAACUAUGAGCAUAGAGUACAUAUAUCCCUAUUUCGGAGUCCAAAGCUCAGUGCAGCGAUGUCAAAUAUAGUCCCUCCCCGAUUCAACGAAGGUUGGGGCACCUGGCACGCCAAAAUUUACGGUUCUGACGAUGAAGUUAUGAUUAGCGGAGCGAACCUGAACAAGGCAUAUUUCUCGAAUAGACAAGAUCGGUAUCUGCAUUUCAGCGCACAACCUGCUCUUGCAGAUUACUGUUUCUCAUUCUUGCAGGCCGUCUCUGGUUUUUCGUAUCGAGUGCUGGCAACUCCAGAUGGACAUGCCCUUCAUUGGGACGACACGUCUGUUUUGCCGUGGCAGAUCCAGGCCAAGGCAGAACGUGUGUUGUCACAGUUUCAAACGAAACAUCUGUUUUCGUCCGUGUCCUCUACCAGUGAAGAACAGACAAAUUCGUCGGAUGUAGUCAUCUUUCCUGUGAUCCAAGCUGGACAAUUCAAUAUCCGAGAAGAAGAGCAUACUCUGUCGAUGCUCUUCGAUCACUUGGCAUCUCGCGAAAACCGCUCUGAUCAAGAACCUAUUAUGAAUCUGACAAGCGGCUACUUUGGACUGUCCAAGGAAUACCAAGAUCUUAUUUUGAAAUCUAACGUUGGAUGCAGUAUCAUAGCAGCCAGUCCGAAGGCAAAUGGUUUCUACGGGUCUGGAGGCCUGUCUGGACUCAUCCCUGAGGGAUAUACCCUAUUGGAGAAACGUUUUAUGUCGGCAGUAAGAGCCGCGAGCCGACCUUGUUCAAAUAACCACAAUGUCAGCCUUAAAGAGUGGGAAAGGGCUGGUUGGACGUACCACGCAAAAGGAAUUUGGCUUUCUCCUUCAGUAGAUUCACCGCCAGUCCUCACGCUUUUUGGGUCGACGAACUUGAACUCACGUUCAACGAACCUUGACACAGAGCUGUCUUUCGUGAUGGCGACCUCGUCAGAUGAAUUACGUCAAAAAUUACAGGAGGAAAUUAAGGGACUGCAUCGUUGGGCGGUGCCUUGGAAGGGCGGAGAAAGAAAGGUCAGGUGGCGCACGAAAGCCAUUGUGGCUCUCGUCGGUGGUAUGUUGUAGCCGAUCACAGUUGUCGCUGUCAUCUCGCAUAUUUUCUGCCGUCACACAUCCGAGUCGAUGCCACAUGGCCCAGCUUGCUGUGACAUCGGCUUUUCAGUAUCCAAACUUACAAAACUGACUUUCGCAGUUCAGUUUACUUUGUCAGGAACGGCAACAGGGUCAAAGAAAUUGAUGAAGAAAUGACAUUGUUCACGCACACGAACACUACGGAACGUUGACCUGCGAAUCAGUCAUGCCUGGAUUGACACUGGCAGCAGAUCUCGAGCCAGCAGCAUCAGCCGUUUGAUUCUUGGCCUCUUUAUUGCGGUUCUCACUCGAUUUCUUGUUUGUACCCCCUGAAACGGCAACAUACUCAAACUUCCGAGUAUCCAACGUCAGAGUAACAGGUCCCUAUGCAGACAGCAUGUAUCACCGCAUAAAAAGCUCGAGUAGCGAUACGCCAUACCUCGUUUGUCAACGAUACAUCCAUCAUAGCACCGAAUUGCCCGU